GUGGUUCUCUUCGCAUCAUCUUCUUGUCUCUGCUUUUCCAACUUGUUGUAGCCGUCAAAACAAAGAAAGCAGCCCACAGCAGCGUCAUGGCAGCCACCCCAACACAUCGAAAGGACGAUGCCAACUAUAAGUUACAUUUCCGCAUGAUAAACGAGCAACAAGUGGACGAUAUCUGCCUUGAAUUCUUCUAUAAGCCACACACCAUCACACUCCUGACAGUCACUGUGCUCAGUCUCAUGUACUUUGCGUUUACCAGGGAUGAUGAGCACUCUGACAGCAACCUACGAGUUGGACUGUUGGUGGUUAUCUCCUUCUUCCUGGUCAUCAGUGUCCUGGCCUUGCCUAAUGGACCUUUCACCAGGCCACACCCUGCAAUAUGGCGGAUGGUGUUUGGCCUCAGUGUUCUGUACUUCCUGUUCCUUGUCUUCGUCAUCUUCCUCAACUGGGACCAAGUAAAGAUGCUGAUGUACUGGCUGGACCCAAAUCUGCGCUAUGCCACACGGGAAGCUGAUAUCAUGGAAUAUGCUGUGAACUGUACAGUGAUAACAUGGGACCGGAUCGUGAGCCACUUUGACAUCUUUGCAUUCGGGCACUUUGCAGGCUGGGCCAUGAAGGCUGUGCUCAUCCGCAGCUACGGCCUCUGUUGGACCAUCAGCAUCACCUGGGAGCUGACUGAGCUAUUCUUCAUGCACCUGCUGCCAAACUUUGCAGAGUGCUGGUGGGAUCAGGUGAUACUGGACAUACUGUUGUGUAACGGAGGAGGCAUCUGGUUGGGUAUGACUGCCUGCCGGUUUUUGGAGAUGAGGACCUAUCGCUGGGCCAGCAUCAAGGAAAUCCACACCACCACAGGGAAGAUAAAGAGGGCCGUGCUCCAGUUCACCCCAGCCAGCUGGACGUAUGUGCGCUGGUUUGACCCAAAGUCCUCCUUCCAGAGAGUAGCAGGCAUCUAUCUCUUUAUGAUCCUAUGGCAGCUGACAGAGUUGAACACGUUCUUCCUCAAGCACAUUUUCGUCUUCCAGGCUUCUCACCCUCUCAGCUGGUGUCGCAUCCUCCUCAUUGGAGUCAUCACUGCGCCCACUGUGCGACAAUAUUAUGCAUACCUGACAGACACCCAGUGUAAACGAGUUGGCACACAGUGCUGGGUGUUUGGGGCCAUCGCUUUCCUCGAGGCUCUUGUGUGUGUGAAAUUCGGUCAUGACUUGUUUUCCAAGACACAGAUUCUCUAUGUAAUGCUGUGGCUGCUGUGUCUGGCACUCAUCACACUCUUAUGUUUAUAUGGAAUGAUUUGGUAUGAUCAAAAUAAAAUGAAGAGCAAUCCUCUGCACAGCGAGGAGUGCGAUGACAGCAGUGUUGUCGACUCGUUUGGUUUUGUCCCAGAUGGCGAUGCAGCUCAGAGGGAUUCAUUGAGAAGUUUACAACCUACAAAACGAAGGAGAGCUCAUGGGAGGAACAGAUUUGUUAAUGGCCAUGGAGGAAAGAAACAAUAACAGCGACACUGGAUAUUCACAUUCUCUGUGAAAGGGUGAAGGAUCCACCCAACAGGGAGAAUAUAGUAUGCACUUAGAUCUCCUAAAUGAUUGUUGUAAAAAUUGCAUCAAGGGUUUAAUAAAUCCUAAAGGGUAGAAAGCAAACUCCAAAACAAAGUCACUAUAUGGUACAUAUCAACUUAGGAAGUGCUGUCAUUCUGUGGGAGUCAAAAGACGAAACACACCAAUGAGCUGAAAGCCUUCUAGACUGGGGUGCUGAUUCUCCAGUACUAUUUAAUACGACAAGGACGAAAUUGGUCCUGUAUUUAAUGUGAGAUAUUUUUAAACAGACCCGAAUAACCAAGGAAUAUUCCCUGGAUUUUGGAAAAAGAAGAUGGCCUUAUCAUCACAAGCAUGCUCUCCUCAUCUUCGUCUUACACCCAACAUUUUCUACCUUAAAUUAUUAAAUACUGAUUGGACGCUUUGCACUGUGGGACACUUUGAGUAUGUCCAGUCAGGUGUGUGCUACACUGUUAUGCUUCACUUAGCUUUUUUGCACUUAACCUAUUUUUGACCGUUGUGUAUUGGAUAUCACUGUGUGCUUAAUUUAAUACCUUCACUGGAAAACUAAAGAUCACUGUUAUUUUUGUUUAUGCAUUUUGUAAGUUAUUAGAAUUGGUGUUGUAUAUUUGUAAACUUUGCCAAAAGUUACCACAUUUUGCACUUAUCUAUAAUCCAGUAAAGUGCUGGUAUGUACAGCACUGUGUGUGAAAGAUGUUUCUGUAUACUUCAAACAAGAACAACCAAGUAUUAUUGGACCAACUAUAGCCUUUACACAUUACCCUGUUUGUUUUUUUAGCACUUUGUGUGUGUGUGUGUGUGUGUGUGUGUGUGUGUGUGUGUGUGUGUGUGUGUGUGUGUGUGUGUGUGUGUGUGUGUGUGUGUGAGUGAUGAGAGAGGUGAUCAGUGUAUGAUACAUGGAGAAGACUGUGACGUUCAAUGCAACAGCACUGUGGUGACAUUCAAUAGCAGAGGAUAAUCAUGAUCCUUUUCACACAUAUAUCUUUUUUAGUGAUCUCUAUUAAUAAAAUGUGACCCUUAUAUAACACACUUAGUGACCGCUUUGUAUACGCUGUUCUUAAUAUUAUUAAACCAUGAAUUAUAUUUCAUAUUUAGUGUUAGAGUGUGUCGUGUCUGCUAAUUGAAUUUGUAUUGAUGUAUUUUGAAAUGAACCUUUUUGUUUUAGCACCAGCUUGCCUCAGUGGUUCUGGUCCUCUGACUCUAAAAAGCGUUAAGUGUUAGACUUUACUGUAUUUAAUAUAAAAUGUUGUAAAAUGCGUUACUUGGUACUUCCAAUGGACUACUUGUGUUAUUGAUUUAUAAUUUUAUAUGGGUGGGGUUGCUUUUUUUUUAAGUACAAAAUUAAAUGA